GCCCCAGCUGCCGCCCGCCGGCUCGCCCGUGCAGCCGCGAUGCCCCGGGGCCCGACCCUGGCCCGGGUCCCCGGCCCACCGCGUUAUUAGCCUCCGUGCAGCCGGAGCGCGCCGCCGCCAACGCCGCGCCCCGACGCAGCGAUGGGCAACACCGUGCACAGGACCCUGCCAGACCCGAGCCCGCCGGCUCGCCUCCUGGCCACCCGGCCGUGCUGUGGCCCCGGCCCCGAGCGGCGCCCAGUCCUGGGCGAAGCGCCGCGCUUCCACGCACAGGCCAAAGGCAAGAACGUGCGGCUGGAUGGCCACUCGCGCCGGGCCACUCGACGCAACAGCUUCUGCAACGGCGUCACGUUCACGCAGCGGCCCAUCCGGCUGUACGAGCAGGUGCGGCUGCGCCUGGUGGCCGUGCGCCCGGGCUGGAGCGGCGCGCUGCGCUUCGGCUUCACGGCGCACGACCCAUCGCUCAUGAGCGCCCAGGACAUCCCCAAGUACGCCUGCCCUGACCUUGUCACGCGGCCUGGCUACUGGGCCAAGGCGCUGCCCGAGAACCUGGCGCUGCGCGACACCGUGCUGGCCUACUGGGCGGACCGCCACGGCCGCGUGUUCUACAGCGUCAACGACGGCGAGCCCGUGCUCUUCCACUGCGGCGUGGCCGUGGGCGGCCCGCUCUGGGCGCUCAUCGACGUCUACGGCAUCACCGACGAGGUGCAGCUCCUCGAGAGCGCAUUCGCCGACACGCUGACGCCCGCGCGCCUCAGCCAGGCCCGCUUCAGCGCCUGCCUGCCGCCUAGCAGCCACGACGCCGCCAACUUCGACAACAAUGAGCUCGAGAACAACCAGGUGGUGGCCAAGCUGGGUCACCUGGCGCUGAGCCGCGCCCCGGGCCCGCUGCCCGCCGACGCCUCGGCCGCCGCCAUCCCGUGCGGGCCUCGCGAGCGCCCGCGGCCCGCAUCGUCGCCGGCGCUGCUCGAGGCUGACCUGCGCUUCCACGCGACGCGUGGACCCGACGUGAGCCUGUCCGCCGACCGCAAAGUGGCCUGCGCGCCGCGGCCCGACGGCGGCCGCACGCUUGUCUUCUCCGAACGCCCGCUGCGACCCGGCGAAAGCCUCUUCGUGGAGGUGGGCCGCCCGGGGCUGGCGGCGCCCAGCGCGCUGGCCUUCGGCAUCACUUCGUGCGACCCGGGCGGGCUCCGACCCGCGGAGCUGCCGGCCGACCCCGACGCGCUGCUCGACCGCAAGGAGUACUGGGUGGUUGCGCGUGCCGGGCCCGUGCCGAGCGGCGGCGACGCACUCAGCUUCACGCUGCGGCCCGGCGGCGACGUGCUCCUAGGCGUCAACGGGCGCCCGCGCGGCCGCCUGCUGUGCGUCGACACCACGCAGGCGCUCUGGGCCUUCUUCGCCGUGCGCGGUGGCGCCGCCGGCCAGCUGCGCCUCCUCGGCACCUUGCAGUCCAGCCCUGCGACCACGUCCCCAUCAGGGUCCCUCAGCGGCUCCCAGGAUGAUAGCGAUUCUGAUAUGGCCUUCAGUGUCAACCAGUCCUCCUCAGCAUCUGAGUCAUCCCUGGUGACCGCACCCAGCUCCCCGCUGAGUCCCCCAGUGUCCCCUGUGUUCUCCCCACCGGAGCCGGCAGGCAGCAAGAAUGGCGAGUGCACGGUGUGCUUUGACGGGGAAGUGGACACAGUCAUCUACACGUGUGGACAUAUGUGUCUGUGCCACAGCUGUGGCCUACGGCUCAAGAGGCAGGCCCGCGCCUGCUGCCCCAUCUGCCGGCGACCCAUCAAGGAUGUCAUUAAGAUCUACAGGCCGUAGCCUGGCCCACCAAUGGGCCUUGGCCAGAGCAAGGUCACCUUUCUGAAGGCCCCCUGAGCCAGGCAACUGCUAUGGCCACCAGGGAGUCCAAGGGCAGUGGCCAUCCCAUCUGCCACUCUCCAAUGGUGGGCAAGGCGUGACAGUCAUGGAGAUGAGGCCCUGGGGGUCUGAGCCCAGGCAAGGGCUGCUUCUGGCUCAAAAGUGCUUUGCCCCCAAAAGGCCGUCCCAAAAGCAAGCUCAGGAACUGCCUAGCAGACCACCCUGUCCCUCGGUGACCUCUCGGCUGGGAAACAGCAUUCCCUGUGCAAUGCUUUUUGCUGGAGUUGGGUUGAGUGUGUGUGAGAGAGGGUGAGGGGAGGGAGUGGCCAGAGAAGAGAGAGAGAAUGUGUGUGAGAGAACGAGUGAGAGAGAACGCAUAGGUAUUUAUCCAGGGAUCCUGGCUCUGGGAGGUUAUUUAACACUAAGGAAUGUGUAAUCCAGAGCCCAGACGGUAGCGUGACUAGAAAUUGUUCACUCUCUGGGGCUGUAACGUCAGCUGGUUUUGAAUGUAUGAAGCCUGCACCUAAACAGAACUCCCUUGGAUGGUAUAGAAAAGGGACACUCAGAUUUUGUAAGGGAAGGAAAAAAUAGCUCAUUGUUUACAGCUCCAAAGCAGCAACGCCUUGGGGGGAAGGUGGGUGGAGAACAGAAAAGAACAAUUUGCUUUUUUAGUUUCUUCCUCAGUCCUAGAGAGGAGUUUUGAUGGGUGCUGCGGCCCACCGAGAGCUCUGGGUGGUGUCAUCCCCAGAAGCCUUUUCACCCCUUCAACUCAGAUAGCCUAAUAAUAAGCAUAGUGCACCUUGACUCGGUCCCUCUAGAUGCUUUUCGUCUGUCCCAUCCCUUGCUGUCCCCAAGAAGAAGGCAAGCAGCAGGUUCUCUUUUCCUGGAGGAGAGAAAGAAUCCUGGAGGCAGGUGACUCACCUGCAGUUGGAAAGGCCACCCCAUCACGCAGACGGCUCUUCACAUUUUGUGUUGUCAGCCCGGGCCUGGCAUUCACCAGCAGCGGUGGGCAUCACCAGGACAGCCUGCUGGGGAAGUGGUAGGAGGAAAAGACUUUGCAACUGGUUCUGAUUCUCAGCUUCCCUUACGCUGCUGAUUACUAAGAUGUUAAAUGAUCAUUAAGAUGUUAAGAGCUGAGACAUUAAAACGCUGACCUUGGGACUCUCCCCCUUCCCAGGGCCAUUUACAGGCAUUUCCUGGGACCUGGCCCUGUCCCCGACUUCCACACCCCUGCCGAGGCCCAUGUCUGCAGACUCCCAGACCACCCCUGGGCUGAUAGGCUGGCCCAGGCCCGCUCUGCCCCCAGUUCAGGGCCUAACCUCUGCCCUAUCUUGUGCUGUACUUUUAAGGAAGCCCCUGGGCCUCUCUGAUUCUCAGUUCUCAAUCUGUCCUUCCUACUCCAGAACCCACGAGGGAACCAGCAUAACAUCUAAAAAGCCCAAGACACCCUACAAAGAACAGGUAACACUUUUACUACAAUUCCUAAUCUGUUCCUCUGCUGCACAGAUGAUGGCAGAGAAAGGAGAACAUUCAGAGAGUUUCUGCAUUCAUAGAACACGUGUGCUGGGUGUCUGGGGGCCCAGAGCCCAGCUCAGCUGGGCCCUCAUCAAAUCAAAGCCUGUAAGACCAGGUGGUCUUUGUAAUGUUCUAGGUCUUGGACCAACUGCUUCUUCUCUGCCUGGAGUGGUCAUAGUGUUCCGACCUGAUCUCAACUUCAGAACCCCCACUCUUGCCCCUGCAAGAACCCCUGAUUGGUUUUUGUCCCCCUAGUGAAUCUGGGAAACAUGCCCACCUUUAAAUCUUGUGACGGAAGUUUUUGGGGAGGACAAGAGCCGGAGACGCUGGGUAGCACUCAGUGCCCAGCUGCAUUUGGCCAGCAGGAGCCUUCCAAUUUCCCCAUGUAUGGGCCCAGACCAUGUGGGAAAGGACUCGUGACCUCCUCCCCACCAGAGCUGGUUCUCCAGGCAGCAGUGCCCACUGACCGGAUUGAGCCAGUCACAAGCUCUGGUGGUCCUUGAAGCCAGCAGGAGGCAGCUGGUCUCCCCUGCCUCUUGCUCUUCCUAACUGCCCCCACCCCUGGGUUCCAGCCAGGGUCAUGUACAGUCACCACCAGGAAACCAGUGACUGAGGGCCUGGACCUGACGUGGACCGGGCCAUGCUCCUGGUGACCUGUUACCUGGAUCAAAAGGAGCUGGUGGCCUGUUUAACUUGCUCCGCAGCUGCUAUAAAUAGCCUCCCUGUUUCCAAGAGGAAUUAAGGGGGUGUUUGUCUUCUAAAAACCAGACAUUUCCUGAUGCUCUAAACUGAUUUAUUCAGUGCUAUAGAGGAGCUGCUCACAUGGCCCUCACAUGGCGGGAGAAAGAGGAAAGGGAACCCCUCUCUUUCACUUCACGUCAUUAUGUGCCUCGGCGCUGGGCUGGAGAGGCGUCUCCACGCAUUAAUCCUGGGAGGCAGGUCUUACCCCACUGAGUCACAUCUAAAACACCACUGAUUGUAAAAUACACCAUUUUAUGUACCGCUAAGGGAAAAAAUGCGAAUUUUAACUGUAAGAUACCACAGCUAUAUGAUUCAUUCUAAUCAGAGACUUGAAAUGUGAAAAAAAAAAAAAAAAAAGCUGUGCUAUUUAGAAUUGACAAAACACGGUAUUAUUCCCGUUUGACAGGUAAGAGAACUGAGGUCCUGUGAGUGAAGUGAUAGGAUCACAUGCAGUAGGUGGUAGGGCUGGGAUUCAAACCCAGGAGUGUCUGGUGCUGAAUCCCACUCUCUCCGCUGCCUGGCCCCAAGCCCCGGAAAGCUUGAGACUGCCUUGAGUUUUCUUUCUUGAAACUUCUCUGGGCAGCCCCUGGAGAGAGCCUGGGCACCGGCGCCUGUAUGGAGGCUUCCAGCCCCAGGCUGUGGUCCCUCUGCCACCCAUACCCUAGAAGGACAAGUGUCCUUCCUUUCAGGCUCACCUUCCCGCUGCCUGCCUUCUCCUGGCAGAGCUGAGCUAUGUGAGAUCCUGAGUCCAACCUGAAGGCCUCCUUUGGUGACACAGGGGUGCACAUACGGGACAACUUCGUGGAGGGGCUGAGGGCGUUGUCCCACCACCUUCCUGGGCCUCAACACUGCCACUCGCUCAGGCAGGGACGCUAGGGCUAAGAAGGGGGUGACCAGAAGAUACUCCCUUGUUGUGGUCUUGUGCCUGCUUAUUUUGAACCACCAGAGAAAUUGGGCUGUUUCCAAGUCAACACAAGCCCCUUUUCCUAGUCCAUUCCCAGAACUGGGAGGCUGCUGGGGUUUAGCUGCCCAGGGCAGCUGCCCCUCUAUGUGCGGUAACAUUUUGCUAAACACCCGCUCAUCAGCAUGGCCUGGGUUCUGCACACAGUGUUGGGAACUGGGCCUAAAGACAGAGCCGCAGGGAGCAGACAGUCCGGAGCUGGACGGAUUUGUAAACUUUUAUUUGCUCCCUCCAGCGUUGGGUCCUGUGCUAGCACAUAGUAGGCACUCAUUAAAGGUUUACGGGAGAAAUCCGAAAUCAAGUUACGAGGGCUCAGGGGUUUGGUAAAACACAUAUACAUGCACACAAAGUCAUUCAACAAGCAUCUGCUGCGUGCCUACUAGGUAUGGGGUGCUGGGAAUGCGGAGCAGAGAGGACAGCACCCUAGCUCUGCCUUCAGAGGUAGAGACAUUAGAGGAUAAUGAGAUGCUAGGGACAGAAUACUUUGGGCUUUCUUGGCCAUUCUGUUGCCUUUGGGGAUCUAUUCUGGUGAGUGCCCAUGACUGCUUUCCUGACCCAGAGCCUCCUGCCUGCUUUGAGAAGCCUCCUCUGCGUUAGAAAUGCCAGAUAUUUUGUAGUCAGUGAGCUGCUGCCAAAAUGGCCUUGGGCAGAACCCUCAAGGGCCCCACCGCUGGAUGAUUACCCUCAGGUCCCACCAGGGAGACCCGUGGGGAGACGGCUACCUGCUUCUUUCAGGCUUGGGAGUGGUUGCUGGAAUCAAUACCUAGGUCCCCAGAGAGCCCCAUCAGUUCCAGUUGAGAAUGGGCUUGUGCAAAGUCUUGGAGAACGAGAGGCAGUAACCUCUCCCUGCCCAAUCCCAUCCCUGCCCCAGUUCUGGCAGAGGGAUGCCUGCUCAGGAACAUGUGGCAUUUCUUGGUAUUUAAUUGUCUUCCCCAAGCCCCUAAUGAAAUGACUUGUACACCAAUCUGUCUGUGCCUUAUGAAAGUGUCUGUGCACUUUUUAUCCUUUUUAAAAGCAACUUUAGAAAGUGGGCAGGGGACUAGCAUACAUAGUAGUAUUCUAGAAAUACGUGCUCAUCACUGAAACCCUUCUGCAUUAUGUUUUUGAUGUAGGAGUGAUGAAGUGUACUCUCUCAUCCCAUCCCCCCACUACCUGUAUACAGACCUUUUUAAAAAUGUCUCUUUUCUUAUUUUUCUGAUUCAAUACUGUGACUUCUCCAAUACAAUCUAAUCUUUGGGGAUCUGUAAUAAAGGUUUUAAAACUUGGGGGGAGUGGGUUGGAAAGGGUUUGCACUGGUCCUGUGUGUUGUGCUUUUGUGUGUUGUGUGUUUUGGUUUUUGUCUAUUUUUAUCUGUUUUAUAUUAACAUAAUUUUUCUGUUUAAAAAACAAAUACAACUUUGGCUUGUUAAAAAAGAAAGCUUCUUCAGAACUCAAUUUUAAAAAUCGCAGUUGCACAUACUGUUGGGGAGUGAAGGUGAGGGAUACAAAACAUUGCCGACCUUGAGGGAACGAUUUGCAAAAUGUCCACAGAAUCCUGAUAAUGUUUGAUCCUUUUGCCAAGUAACUUUUGUGAGAAUAUCACAAGGAAAUAGUUCUAAUCAAGGAUAAGCUCUAUAUGUAAAGAUGUGCAUUGCAGCAUUAUUUAUAAUGGUAAAGAAAAAUUGUAUAAGCCACCCUAACGUCCAACAGCAAUGGUGAACUUGCCAGAACUCUCGGUUUCAAGUGACAGAAACCAAACUCAAACUGGUUUAAGGGGAUUUAAAAGCUCAGCUAACUGCAAAGUCCAGUAUCAUGAACCCAAGAACCCACUUCAGGUGCAACUGGAUCCAGAAUCUGAAAUGCUGCAACAGGACUUGGUCUCCCCCGCUUCUCGCUCUUCCCUCCUUUGCAGCGACCCAUUCCCAGGCAGGUUCUGAAGACAAUUGGCCACAGCACAACGCAGGCGCAGCCAACAGCCUCCCUGUGUGGGCCCACCUGGAUCACGUGUCCCUUCCUGAGCCAAUCGCAGAGACCAAGGAGAUACGGGCCUCUGAUUGGCCAGACUCAGCAUAGGCGCUCAACUCCACCCAAUAGCUGCUCUCCUAGAACUGAGAGUAGGAAAUCGCAGUCUCCAGUGAAGAACUAGUGCUGGGCAGGCAGGAGCAAUGCGCAUCUCUAGCUCUCUAAGAAAGGUUGAACGAACUGUGAUACAGAUGUAUACCUAGUUAAUAGUAUGGCCCGUGAAGCCACAGCCCGGUCCUCACCAUGACUGGAAGAGACACUUAACCUCUUUGUGCCUCAGUUUGCUCAUCUGCAAAGCAAGAAUCGUAAGGUUUCUUGAUUUUAGGAUGGGUGUGAGCAUUAUCGAGAUCAUGCUGGUGACGUGCUAGGCACUGCGUCUGGCACUCAGCAAAGAGUUUGUAACCUGGGAACAUGUUUAUGUCAAAACAUGGUGGGAAAAUUAAGAUAUAAAACUGCACAGACACUCUGAUCUCGUGGAUGUAAAAACAAGCAAGCAAGCAAACGAAUAAACAACAGCCUCCAAACAAGACUGUGUUGGAAUAACCAACAGGAAAGAAGCAAAAAUCUCCAUGGGGGCUGUGUCAGGAUAAUGGUAUUAUUGGACUUUUCCCCGUUUUCUAAAUUUUCUCUAAUGACAAAUUAUUGCUUUUAAACUUGUUACUUGGAAAAAAUAUCUCCCGUCUCUGUAAAAACCAAUGAAAACAGCUAACGCUUGCUGGAAUUCGUCAGGAAUUCCCAGGCUGAUUGUCUGAGUUUGAGAUCCAAAUUUAGUCACGGUGGAGAUAAAGGCCUGCAAGCUUCCAGUGGAGACCAGGCCAGGCUGACCAGUUUGGUUGGGCUUCCUCCAGACCAGGCUUUAGGACCCAGAUUUCUGGGGGUGGAGCCUUGCAUGGUAUCAGGAGUAGCAGGCGAAGGGAGAAGGUGGAGCUGCUCAGGCCUGUUUUUCCUGGCUUGCUGAAAUAGCCUGGUUUGGUGACACUGAGUUUGGGGAGCAAUGGGCUAAGAGAAAUGAAGUUGCAUUUAUGAAGCUAAAGAAACCAUGAUUUUCCUACUUCUCUUGAUGAUUCUUCACAACAAUGUUGGUCUUAUUUUACAGGUAAGGGAGCCAGGGUCCCUUCAAGGUAGAAGAAGGAUUAGACCCUAGAUGUACCUGUUUCAGAGCUAAGGCAAAAUGUGCCUCUGAAAGAUAUCACUUACCUCUACUAGGCCAGGGGACAUUUUCAUAGCUAUCUUAUGAUAAUCAAGACUUUUUCUUUUUUAAAUAAAGGUGGGGAAAGACCAUACUAA